CGCAUACAGAGAAUAUGAUUGGUAUCGUUUCCUCAAUAUAGGCUACAGCAACUUACAAAAUUGUUCUCUCCUCCACGACAACUCCUGCCUUGAUCGUUUGGUCACACUGCUUUUCAUCAUGAGUAACAUCACCUCCUGCAUGGAACCUCAGACCCUUGUUUCUUCCAUUUUAAAGCCCAUUCUCAUUUUGGAGUUCAUCUUUGGGUUGCCUGGAAUUGUAUUUGCUCUGUGGAUUUUGUUCUUCAAGUCUCCAUGGAAAGCUUGCAAUGUGUAUCUCUUCUGCUUGGUAAUAUCUGACCUCCUACUCCUCACUGGGCUGCCGUUCCGCAUAGAUUAUCUCUUUCGUGGUGAAGACUGGAUAUUUGGUGAAUCCUUUUGCCGCCUCAUUAUGUAUAUUAUAUCUGUAAACUACUCAGCAAGCAUGGCUUUCAUGUCAAUUUUAGCCUUGGACCGCUUCUUCAGGAUAAUUCACCCACACCAUCGCAUUUGUCGAAUGAGUGUGAGACAAGCAGUAGUGUUGGUUAGCACAGUUUGGGUGGGUGUUCUACUCCUUCGCCUUCCACCCGCCUUGAACCUGGUUCUCACAUCACAGAAAAACUCGUCAAGGCUCACAUGCCAUAGUUAUCUCUCAUGGACAUGGACGUCGGUUCAAAUGAGGAUAUAUAAUUCAGUACAGCUGAUAGAAGUCCUGCUAGCGUUCACACUGGUGGUCUUCAGUUUUGUGCGUGUUUUCUCUCACGUCCACAGUCGCCAGUCUAAGGGGGCACACCGCAGGGUAAAGCGGGCAGUGAGAUUGCUUCUGUUUCUUGUGAUCAUGUUUGUUCUGUGUUUCCUACCUACAGUGACUUUUGGCAUCUUCCUUCAAGUGUUUCCCUGUUCUGAAUUCCUUAUAGUAUGUCUUCAAGCCUCUUUAGCUUUAUCCUAUAUGAACAGUGCACUGGAUCCAGUCAUCUAUUGCCACAUUAACGCUUGGUUUCGUGACACCCUGAAAGGCACAACCAACUCGAUGGGGAUGACGAAGUUCCAAAUGAGUGCGAAGACGAACAGAAAAUAACCUUAAUCUACCUGAGCAAGUGUUGUUUGUUACAAUCAUUGCAAAUGGGAGGAUGCAAAUAAAAUUUCACCUAAAAAUGAAAAUUUA